CUUUUUUUUUUAAAUUUUGUGUUUGUAUUAAAAAUUGAAACCAUGUUGAAAAAUUUAGACGCAAUGGAUGCUGAAUUAAAAGAGCUAGCUAUAGCACUUUAUGAAAUAGAUGCAUUUAAAUUUGGUGAUUUUGUAACUAAAGUUGGUCUUAAAACUCCAAUAUAUUUUGACUUAAGAGUAUUAAUAUCGUAUCCAAAAAUAAUGGUUCGCUUGGCAAAAAUACUAUGGACAUUUGCAGAAGAAUGUCCAGAUAUAACACAAAUUUGUGGUGUUCCUUAUACAGCUUUACCAUUAGCAACAUUGAUUUCUGCAGACUCUAAUGUACCCAUGUUAAUAAAACGAAAAGAAGCAAAAGCAUAUGGUACAAAAAAGAUCAUAGAGGGUAAUUUUAAGCAAGGAGAUCAUUGUGUGAUUAUUGAAGAUGUGGUCACAAGUGGUAGCAGUAUUUUAGAAACAGCAUUUAUUCUAAGAAAAGAAGGUUUAAAAGUAACAGAUACAUUUGUUGUAAUUGAUAGAGAACAAAAUGGUAAGAAAAAUAUAGAGCAUCAUGGAAUUAGAAUGAGGAGUUUAUAUACAACUACUAGACUUAUGGCAUAUUUGUUAGAAGCUAACAAGAUUACUCCAAAAAUAGUUAAAAAUGUGACCGAUUACUUAUUAAAAUUCCAAGCACCAAUCAUUUCUGUUCAAGAUAAACGGUUAAAAACUCCAUUUCAUAUUCGUAGCACAAAGACCAAAAAUGCAAUUGCUUCUAAGUUGUUUAAUUUGAUGGAAACAAAGAAAUCCACUAUAUGUCUAGCAGCAGAUUUGACUAAAGCAGAUGAUAUUAUAGAAAUAGCUGAUUUAAUAGGACCGCAUAUUGUGUUAUUUAAAACACAUGUAGAUAUAUUGGAAGAUUUUAGCUAUGAUUUUAUCAAACGUUUGAAAGAUUUAGCUAAAAAACACGACUUUUUAUUGAUGGAAGAUAGAAAAUUUGCCGAUAUCGGAAAUACGGUAUCCUUACAAUAUGAGAAAGGCAUUUAUAAAAUAUCUGAAUGGGCAGAUAUUGUUACAGUGCAUGCAGUUGCAGGUCCAAAUAUUAUAGAUGGCUUGAAAAAUAGUUUAAAAAAUAUAAAUGAACCUCGUGGUUUGUUUAUAUUAGCGGAAAUGUCUUCCAAAGGAGCUUUGACGGUUAAUGAAUAUGCGCAGAGCGCUGUAUCUAUCGCACAAAGUUCGGAUAUGGUGACUGGAAUUGUUUGUCAAUCAAAUAUUUUCUCAAAUUUGGGACUUAUUCAAUUGACACCAGGCGUAAAACUAUCGAAAACUUCUGAUAAUUUAGGACAGCAAUACAAUAUACCAGAAUCUGUUGUAAAUUCUGGAGCUGAUUUAGCUGUAGUUGGUAGAGGUAUUACUGAAGCUCAAGAUAAAUUGGCUGCCACUUUACAAUACAAAAAGGAACUUUGGACAGCUUAUCUGAAACGAAUAUCGAAUUAGUAAAUAUUUCAUUAUUUUAUAGAUGGAUAAAAGCCAAAGUAGGGGAAAUAUAUAUCUUUUUAUUUUUGAACAUGUGUACAAUAAUUAAAAAUCGUAAAUAAACGAAUGACAUUGAGUUUUAAAGAAAACUUGUAAGUAGAAUAAUGCAUAGAUUUACAGAUUUUAAUGUAUAUACAUUAUACAAUGAUAAUAUAAUAAUCUAUUCACAUUUUUGUACAAAAAGUUUAAAAUGUAAAAUGUAAAUGUUUUAUCAACACUGACAUAGAAUUAUAUAUACACACAUGUACUAAUUUGUUACAAUGUGCAAAAUCUUUUAUAUAUUUCUCAUAAAUGCUAUUAUAUAAAAAUCGUUGUAUUUGUACACAUAUAUUCUACCUCUUUUAUGUAAAAUGCAAUUAAACGAUCCCCUUAUGAUCCUAUA